AUGAAGCUUCAUGUGAAGAAGUAUGAAAAGCCAAAUCCGACAGUAGUAAAACAAUCAAAAACUCCAGUUGUUGGUUUGAAAAAUGAAAUCAAUGAAGACGAUAAUCAAGAAUUCAAAAAAUGGUGCAGAAUUAGACACGAUGCUUUGCAACAGUUAUUAUUAAUGAGAACAAAAUAUUUUCAAGGUCAGAGUAGCAAAAUUUUGGGCAUUGCGGACGAUUUAUCAUCAUCAGAUAAGCAUGAACAGUCACAAAUUAAGAAAAAGAAAAGAAAUUUCGAAUGGAUCAAUAUAUUAUUACCAUAUCUCUCAGAAUAUAAUCCAUAUUGUUCAUUAUGUGCCAAACAUAAAGAUUAUGGUAGCUUGAAGAACACAAAUGUAUUUACAUCGUAUGUAAUUUCAGCUAUUUUCUACUGUCAACAUGAUUCAUAUCCAUUUCUAUGUGUUAUUCGUGUAUCAUUAAAUGGUCAACUGCUUAUCGUCACGAGAUCAGAUAAAAAUAAUAUGAACAAGGACCAGCCAAAUCGUGUUAUGCAUACCAAUCAAAAAUGUGCUCCUCCAAUACGACGUGAUGCUAUUAAAAGAGAUUUUAAAAAAGGUCAAACGCCACCACAUAAUUUUGAUAACACUGGUAAAGCUAUCGGAACGUUAAAGAAAAUCGAAGCGGAAUUGUUAGCUGAUUCCCGAUACGGUAAAAACGAGGAUGAAUCAUUAAAAAAUGUUUGUGCAAAAUGGAUUACUAAUCUAUCGUAUGAUUUAACAGUAAAAGGCGCCGUCCAGUUGUUAGCAACUGCUCCAUCAUUGAUGGUGAUCGUUUAUACUGAAGGAACAGUCCGAUUAUAUGAUCUAUUGAUACGUCAGUCUGGUAGUGUGCUUUCUUGGGAUGCUACAGGUAUUUCUCAACCGUCGGAUAAUGGAAAAACCAUCAUACAUGCCUGCGUUGCACACAUAAUGUGCUUUUUUCGAAAGCGAGUGGUCAACAAAUACGUACCAGAGAAGUUGCAAGAAUUAGCGAUGUGGUGUUGCUCUUUAUUAUUGAACACAUACACAUGGGCAGAAAUGCUAAACAAUUGGCGAUUAGUUUGUUCAUUUUUUUUGAAUUAUUAUCUGGAUAAAAUUCUACCCACAACAUAUGAAUCAUUAGUUGAUAAAAUUCGUCAUAUUCGUCAGCGCGGAAUCACAAUUAAUGAUGAAAAAACAUCGGGUAAAGCUAAUGAAAAAGAACAACAAUCAAUAACGAACAAUGAUCCAUAUGCAUUUGUCGACGAUAUGGAUGGAAAUCUGAUGCAAAAUGACGAACAAGAAGAAUAUAUUGCUUUCUUUGAUGAAGAAAAAGAAUUAGAUACAGUUACUUCUGAUCUAAAAAAAAUUUUUACAGUGUCUAUGAUGAUGUUAAAAAACAGACUUUACAUGAACCAUUAUCAGAGCAAAAAUCAACAGAUCAUGAAAAAAAUAUUAAGUUUUUAA